AAGGGAGUUACAUUGUUGCUAAGUGCAGGGAUGAGUCUGAUCCCCAGUGAGGUGCAGUCAGCCACGGGAAGGGGGCGGCGAGAGAGCUAGUGUGCUGAAGCCUAGAGGCGGGAGAGGGAGGAGAGUCCGCGCUGAGCAGAGGGAGGUGCGCGCAGAGCGAACACCCACUCGCAUCCAACCCCGGUGGCGCGGCACGGGGAGGCGGCAGCUGAGACAGCACCAGGUCAGAACCGCUGCAUCCCACCCGCCCAGUCCGUCUCUGCCCGCCGGCGCCAGGGUUGCUGAGGAUGGAGGAUUCCCGGGAGACCUCGCCGUCCUCCAACAACUCCUCGGAAGAGCUCAGCUCUGCCCUGCAGCUGUCCAAGGGCAUGUCCAUCUUCCUCGACAUACUGAGGAGAGCAGACAAAAAUGAUGACGGAAAAUUGUCCUUUGAGGAAUUUAAAGCGUACUUUGCAGAUGGAGUUCUCAGUGGAGAAGAACUACACGAGCUCUUCCACACCAUUGACACACACAAUACCAACAAUCUUGACACAGAAGAACUAUGUGAAUAUUUUUCUCAGCACUUGGGUGAAUAUGAGAAUGUUCUGGCUGCACUUGAAGACCUGAAUCUCUCCAUCCUGAAAGCAAUGGGCAAGACAAAGAAAGACUACCAAGAAGCCUCCAAUUUGGAACAAUUUGUCACUCGAUUUUUGUUGAAGGAGACCUUGAAUCAGUUGCAGUCUCUCCAGAACUCUCUGGAAUGUGCCAUGGAAACAACUGAAGAGCAAACCCGUCAAGAAAGGCAAGGGCCAUCCAAGCCGGAAGUCUUGUCCAUUCAAUGGCCCGGAAAGCGAUCCAGCCGCCGAGUCCAGAGACACAACAGUUUCUCCCCCAACAGCCCACAGUUCAAUGUCAGCAGCCCAGCAUUGUUAGAAGAAGACAAUCAGUGGAUGACCCAGAUAAACAGACUCCAGAAAUUAAUUGAUAGACUGGAAAAGAAGGAUCUGAAACUUGAACCCCUGGAAGAAGAAGUUAUUGAAGAGAACACUAAACCUCACAUCAUGCUUGUGCAGCGCCAGAUGUCUGUGACAGAAGAGGAUCUGGAAGAAUUCCAGCUUGCUCUGAAGCACUACGUGGAGAGCGCUUCAGCGCAAAGUGGGUGCCUGCGUAUCUCUAUACAGAAGCUUUCAAAUGAAUCUCGCUACAUGAUUUAUGAGUUCUGGGAGAAUAGCAGUGUGUGGAACCGCCACCUCCAGACAAAUUACAGCAAGACGUUCCAAAGAAGCAACGUGGAUUUCUUGGAAACUCCAGAGCUCACAUCUACUAUGCUCGUUCCUGCUUCAUGGUGGAUCCUGAACAACAAUUAGAUGCCCCUACACAAUGUCUUCAGUGUUCCAAGUGCAAGUGUUCAUUCCUAUCUACAGCGUAAACUGGAAGGUUCUCUGUGGUUGUCAAUCAGUUGCACACUUUUGUUCACUGUGUUGUUAGUACACUCAUAAAGUUUACUCUGUAACUAUUCUCAGUUGUUACUCUUGAUAUUUGACAGGAAUUGAUUUGCUACAUUGUAAUCAACCAUUAUAGCAAAAUCUGAAUAUAUAAAAAUGGUCUAUAAAUAAAGUAAUAAAAUGUGAUAAUUAUGGUAAAAAUUAUCAGUGAGAACUUCUAGAACAUCAUAUCAUAGGCCAGAGUUUAUAAACUGGCAUGUGCUCUAUAGCAGUGGUUCUCAAUGUUCCUAAUGCUGUGACCCAUUAAUACUUUCCUCAUAUUGUGGUGACCCCCAACCAUAAAAUUAUUUCAUUGCUACUUCAUAACUGUAAUCUUGCUACUGUUAUGAAUCAUAAUGUAAAUAUCUGAUAUGCAGGGUAUCUGCUAUGCUACCCCCAAGAAGUCGCAACUCACAGGCUGAAACCCACUGCUCUAAAGGAUUACACAUCUGUGCUUUGUGACUUUUUCAGUAACACAUUUUUUCUGUGAGAGAAACAUUCUUCUUCCAUAAGAUCCAUAUGAUCCUCCAACUAUUCGCUUUAUAAUUCCUUUAACAUUAACAUAAAUAAAUGCAUAAAACAACCUAGGCUCUAGCCUACAGAAGCUGUGCCUAUGUGUCAUGUUGUAAACUGACAUUUUACAAGUGGACAAUCUAUAGCAACUUAGGACAUUUACUGAUGUAAAACCUUUAUUUGUAAGUAUAAUUCUCAUAUAUAAGCUAAACGUUAUUGAGCAAAGAGGAAAGCUUUACUUUGGGGAAAUUAAAGUUUAUGUCAGAAGGCUUUGGUAUAUGAUCCAUAUAAAUAACCAUUCUUAUUAAAAAUAACACUUGAAAUUAAAUGAAGAUUUGUAAAUUCAGUACUUUAAAACUAAAACUUCAACUCAACUGAAUAAAGAAAUUUAAAACAAGCAAAAAAGUUUACAACUGAAUACACCUAUUUUGUAAACUUUUACUAAGGCAACUAAGAUAAACUAUACAUCUUAUCAACUCUUCCCUAUAAGCUCUGGUUACAGACUCUGCUACGAAAGUACACGCACAACUAUUACCAUGGUAUGCUCAUACAAAUGCCUAUGACGCUCUGGGUCUUAAAGGAAAAUACAUGUAAAAUAGUAUGCUAUUUUUGACAGUUGUAAAACCUCGAGAAACAGCUAGAAUGAAAAUUUCAUUUCAUAACUAUGAGAUGAGAAUACCAUCUCAAAAUAGUUUAUGGAAGUUUGUUUAUUCAGUCCUCAUAAAUCUAUGUAAAAUUUCAUUGUUGCUAGACACUAGCAACUUUUACACACACACACACGCACACACACAUAAACACACAACAAUUGUGCUAUAGAAUAAAUAUCUCAUUUUCAAACAAGCAAUAAAUUCAUGCUUAAUGAAGGGUUUUUCUUUCCUAUUAAAAAUCCUUUCUCUGAGGAUCCAAGUAACGAACAAUAAUCUACCAAAAGGCCAAGCUGGGACAUCUACUGUGGACUAAAUGUUAGGAUCUGGACAGCAAGCAUCCCCACAGCAGAAACAGAGGCACUGGCUUUAGAACUUCCCAUUCAGUUCCUGAUGAACAGUGGCUUUGACUGACUUUCCCGUGAUCCCAAGACAUAAACGAAUAGAAGUAGUGAGCUCGUAUUUACUUACACAUUACAUGCAGUUUACAGCAUUAAAUUCCUAGGAAUUAAAAGCUUAGACCUCCAAAUUCUUUAUGAGGAAUGACAGAAUUGAGACUUGCUAGGCCUCAAUUAUUUGCAACCUGAAUUUUUCCUCUUCUAGAGACAAUUUCAAGUUUACUUUCCCACUGCUUGACUCUCAAUCAUAUAGUCUGAUGAACAACACUAAGUAUCAGCUACUAUUAAACCUCUGUUUCACCAAGGACCUUUUCAAAGUGUUAAUCUCUGCUAGUAAGUAUGAACCUAAGAGCAUAUUAAGAACCCAGUGAAUCAAUCGUGUUUUGGAAGGUCUCCCGUACCCCUGCUAUUGACAACUAUUUUGAACACCGGAAUGAUUCUGGGCUCUGUAGAUAUCAUAAUGACCUGGUCAAGUGUUCGUGUGCAGUCGGUGGGAAAAAGGCCUAGUGACUGACGUUAAGGGCAACAAAAAGUCUGUACCAUAUAUACAUCGUAGCAAAUAUUUUAUAUUUGAGAAUCUUUACAGCUUACAUUUCCAUUCCAUUAUUACAAGUGGUGAAAAACAAGAAUUGCAAGUAGCAUGCAAAUUAUAAUACAGUCUUCCCACUUCGCCAACAACAUCCCUACUUUCGAGUGUUCCUUCCCAAUUUUUGCAGGAGCUGCCUGCAAAGCUGAAACUGAUUAGAAAAAUUCUUUAUACUUUAAAAUAUCUCUUUCUCCUUUUAUGAGAAGCCAAAUAGCCAACCAUCAAAAGUAAAAAUAAAUUGAAUCGUCACAGUCCAUUAGUUAUUGUUACUAGGUCCACUUCAUUGGCAGGUGUCCAAAAUAUAAAAUGAAUAAUUCUUUAUCUUCAAAUUCAUCUGUUCUUAAAAUGCUACUUAAAACUUUGGUUGUUUUCCUGUAAUAUAGAAGAAAGACAAUUUAUCAAUUAGUCUAACUGAAUACUGUUUUCACAAAUUAGCUUAUUCAACCAAACACUAUGAAUCUACUUCUAUCUAAAUGCAUGUUACUAUAGAAACUAUUAAAGUGACUGAAAAUAUCAAAUACAUUUGUGUUUCAGUAAGCCUGUGUAAUCCAUUCUUAAAAAUAGUAAGUUGUAUUCCAAGUUGGUUGUUCUGUUUCUGUGGUGCCUAGUUUUAUGUUGUUAAUGUAUAAAGCAAAAGUAAACAAUUCUAAUGUUUAUUCAAAAUAAGUGUGCCAUGCUUUUAUUAGCAAAAUAAAGUGUCAAUGAAUUAUUUAAGCCUGAAA